AUGGCCGUGGCGGCCAGGCCCAAGACUAAGAAGGUUGUGGCCAGGGCCGCGAGGAACGGCCCAAGGCCCGGCAAGCCCGUGCCCGAUCCCGAAAAGGCCGUCCUACAGCCCGCCAAGCCCGUGCCCAAGCCCGCAAAGGCCGCCCCAAAGCCCCGCAAGCCCGUGCCCAAGCCCGCAAAGGCCGCCCCAAAGCCCCGCAAGCCCGUGCCCAAGCCCAGGAAGUCGGCGCCCAAGCCCGCGUACAGGCCACCCCCGAGGAGGGCCUCGAAGGGCGGCGGGAAGGGCUGGUUCGGCGACGCCGGUGGCGCAGGCGACCUGGCCCAGUGGUAUGGCCCCACCAGGAAGCUGUACCUGCCCAGCGGCCUCUUCGAUCGGUCGGAAGUGGAGCCCUACCUCAACGGCACCCUCGCUGGAGACUACGGCUACGACCCUCUGGGCAUCGGCCAGUCGGUGGCCCAGGUGCAGAAGUACCGCGAGUACGAGGUCCUGCACGGCCGGUGGGCCAUGCUGGGCGCCGCGGGGAUGAUCAUCCCCGAGGGCCUGGCCGCCAACGGCGCGGACAUCCGAGGCGCCGCCUGGUACGAGACCGGCGCGGAGAUGCUGACGGGAUCUGGCAAGCUGGACUACUUCGCCGUCCCGUGGGCCGUCGUGGCCAACCCACUGCCACUGCUGUUCGUGAUUGGCAUCCAGGUCGGGCUCAUGGGCUUCGCCGAGAACUACAGGAGGCAGGGUAGCGGCCCGCCCGGUUACACCGUGGGCGGCGGGAAGUACGAGGCCCAGGAGCUGGAGAAUCUGGACCCCAUCUACCCCGGGGGGCCCUUCGAUCAGUUCGGCCUGGCGUCCGACCCAGAGAUCUUCCAGGAGUUGAAGGUCAAGGAGAUCAAGAACGGAAGACUGGCGAUGAUCGCGACCUUGGGCUUCGCCGUUCAGGCUGCCGUUACAGGCGAGGGUCCCUACGCCAACUGGUCGAAACAUGUUGCCGACCCCUUCGGCUACAACCUUUUGACAGUGCUGGGCUCUGAGGACCGAGUGCCCACUUUGUAG